CCUAAACAUUUUUUCUUUAUAAUUUUCAAUUCUCCCGGAAAUAAGAUUGAAAACGCCAUUAUCUAGAUGAUUAGUUAAAUUUUCGGCUAAAAUAUUGUUUUUUAUACGAUUUUUUUUUACUAUUUGAAAUAAUGUUUCGUGAUAAAAUUUGCUCCAUCAAACAGAAUGUUAAUGUCAGACAUCGUCGGACCAAUACACAAUUUCUCAAAAAUAUUAUGCACGAAGAACAACUGGAAAAGGUUGUGCGAGCCCAAGAAAUUCAAAUGACUGCUGAAAAUCCCAUGAUAAAAGAGCAAAAACUGAAAAGCCAAAUUUGUAGCGAAUUAAAACAGCUAGAGCAAGAGAAAUUCCUAGAGGAGAAACGUAAAGAUCGGCUGCAUCAAAAUGAGGAGGAAGUAAGACUUUUGAAUGUACAAAUUAAAAGAGCUCAUAUACAAAGAGAACUAGCCGAACAGAAAGUUUUGAGGGAGAAAAAACAAAGAGAGGAAAUGCAAGAACGUUUAGAGGAAAACAAACGUUUUGAAGAAGAGUGCCGAAGAAAUAGGGAAAUUUUCCUAGAGGAAGAAAGAAAAAAUGUAGAGAAAAAGGCCAAGUUUCGUAGAGAUAUUUUAAAGCAAAUGGAAGAAAAGGAAGAAAAAUGUAAAUUGGAAAGAGAGUUUGUAUUAAAAGAACGUGCGAGUAUGCAAAGAUUUUUAAAAAGCUUUGAGCAGGACCAGGAAAGAGAAAGGCAGCACAUGUUGGAGCUUAAAGAGUUGGAAAAACAAGAUAGGGAUGAGUAUCUCAAACAAGUUAAACUUUAUAAAACACAACAAAAAGUUGAUGCUGAAGAGGAUCAUAGAAAAUACAUGGAAAUGAUCAGACAAAGAGAUGAAACCGAAAAAAUGCGUAUACAGAAACGCAAAGAGAACACCAUGAAACGUGAAGCUCUCAGUGAGAGAAUAGGACAACAAGUUUAUGCCCAACAAAUGAAACAACAACAACAUAAUGAUUUUCUCCUCGAGCUUUUAAUAGAAGAACGUUUGGCUAAAGAUGAUGAACGCUAUAAACAGAAGCUGGAAAAACAAAUACAAACAGCCAAAUCUUUAAAAGAGGAUUUCGAAAGAUCACGUUUGAUAAGACGACAAGAAAAACUAUUCCGUCAGCAAGAAGAUAUGAAAGUGGUAAAGGAACAACUAAAAAUGUUUCAGGAGCAGGAAAGUAAAGAAUUGGACAUAAGAAAUUCGAAUAUAUCAAAAAGUCGGCAAUAUUGUCAAGAUCUGUUGCAAACAAUUAAGAAUAAACAGUUAGAACUGGAAUUUGAGGCAACACAAAAUAAAAAGGAAUAUCAGCAGCAAUUGGCAUUGCAGCAAAAACGUCUACAAGAUAUAGAAACAGAAAAAUUACGUCUUUUAAAAGCAGAACCUUUAGAGAUUUGGAAAUUCUUACCCGUUAAGGCCAUAAGUGAUAAACAUCGUUUCGAAUUGGGACUUACCUGUAAAGAAAUAAAAGAAAAGGUGUAAAUUAGAAA